UGUGAGCCGGUUCUGCAGAGAGAGAGAGAGACCCAGAACGUCAGACCUGGAGGGGGAGGAGGUCCAACUGAACGCCAGCGCGCCGGUUCAACACAAGAGAACCAACGGAGACGAGAGAUUCAGGAGGAACACCAGCGACCCGUCAGCUGGAAGAGAUGGAUUCACCCUGUGUGUCAAUCAGUCGGAGGACGCGGGGGUCAAAGCCCAAGCGACAGGUCAAAGGUCAGCUGGCGGAGGCAGGGCUCAGCGUGGGGGGGUUCCUGUGCGGGCUCCUCCUGGCGUCGCUCUACGGCUGCGCCGCCCUCCUCCUCCAGGGGGGGGCGCUGUGGUUCUGUGUCUACAGCACCGCCGCCAUAGCGCUGUUAGCCUCCUUCUCCAUGGGGCUGUCUGCUAGCACCCGGGCUAACGUGAUGCUAAUGCUACCCACACUGCUCUCAGUCAGGGGCAGGAUGGUGCUGGUUUCCUUCGUCCUGCUGCUGCUGCUCAGCGGGCCGCUGGCCAACAUCCUGCUCAACUUCGAGCGGGCGGCCGACAGCCUGGUGUGUGGGGCGGAGCUAGCCCAGAACCACACCCAGGAAGUGAUGAAGCGCUCGGCCGCGCCCCUAAUGCCGGUCCUUCAGAGCAUCAGAGAGCUGACGAGUAACGCUCGCUCCGUCUCGGGACGAGUUCACCACUUCAUCACGGCGCUCACUGACAACACGCGACACAUCGCUCGGACCCUGAGGAACGUGCUCCACUUCCUGGUGGACAUCGGUGACGUGUGCAACGACCGGAUGGGCCGGCCGUACAGGAAGUGCAUCGCGCUGUUCGACACCGCGCGCGUCGACUGCUCCCGCCUCCUGGGCGUCUUCAACUUCCUGUGUGACAUCGUGGAAGGGUUCCGCCCACUCUGCGGGCUGGCGCGCGCCGGUCAGAUGUUCUGCGUCAUCCCCGCCUACGUCGGCGAGCAACUGAAGAAACGCCUCGCUGCCCCGGCAGUGGGGGCGUUCGCGCGGCUGAAGGCGGAGUUUGAGUUCAGCGUGAGUGCGGACGUGACCUUUGACCUGGAGGUGAACGGCAGCCAAUCGGUGCAGCGGGCCGCCCAGGACCUGCUGAGGGGCGUGGCCCUGGAGGUGGGCCGGCUCCGGGGGUGGGGCCAGCUGCUCACCUACCUGGGGGUCCUGGUGCUGGCCCUGGCCUACCUCAAGGCAGCGAGGUACCGACAGCAGUAUCUUCAUCAGGAUGAAUUUGACAACGCCUUCAUCACGGAGCAGUUUGAGGAGGAGGACGAGCGGAGGGCGAGCGAGGGCGGGGCCUCUGUGCUCCCCCUCCAGCGGAGGGAGGCGGGGCUCUACACCUCCUCAGGUCAGAGCGGCUCCCUGGACCUGGCGGGCCAGCUCCGGGGUCUGCCCCACAGGGCCACCGAGGUCCUGGUGGACCUGCAGGAGCUCACCAUGGUCCUGCUGCAGUUCCUCAUCAACUCCAGCCCCCUGUACGCCAUGCUGCAGCAGCCUAGCGACCAGGACGUGGAGGACUUCCUGAACCAGGAGCGCUUCACCACCCAGAUCGCCCCGCGCCGCGACUCCACCAGCAGCCUGUUCCUCAAGGCCAUGGACGGCCGGCCACGCCGCCGCAAGAGCCUGUACUCCCGGGCGCGGCUGGGCUCCGGCAGCGCCGCCAACCCCCAGGGGGCCGCCGCGGCCACGCCCGGCAUGCCCAACGGUGGGGGCCCGGAGCCCGGGAAGUGCCCCCCCGUCACCCCUCAGCGCAGGCCCUCUGCCACCGAGCUGCUGCUCAGCCCCAUCCUACAGUUCGUGUCCCAGGGCCAGAAGGCCUUCGACUACCUGAGCCCCACCGGCCCGGCGGACCAGGGCGGGGCCGGGGCCCUGGUCCCCGAGGCCGAGGGGGCCGGGGUGGCGGAGGAGAAGGAGGUGGAGGAGCUGAAGGAGGAGGCUGAGGAGGAGUGCCCUCCGGUUACCGCCCAGCGGAGACCGUCCGCCAUCGAGGUGCUGCUCAGCCCCAUCCUACAGUACCUGAGCCCCGCCCUGCCCGCAGAGCAGGACAAGGAGGAGGAGGAGGAGGAGGAGGAGCAGCUGGAGGAGGAGGAGGAGGAGGAGGAGGGGGCCAGGCUGGCCGAGGAGGAGGAGGUGGAGGAGGACCUGAAGGAGGAGGUGGAGGAGGAGGAUGAGGAGGCUGAGGAGGAUCGCCCUCCCGUUACUGCCCAGCGGAGGCCGUCCGCCAUCGAUGUGCUGCUCAGCCCCCUCCUACAGUACCUGAGCCCCGCCCUGCCCGCGGAGCAGGACAAGGAGGAGGAGGAGGAGGAGGAGGACGAAGACUGAGGAGGCCGGAGACUGAGGGGCCCACUGCGGUGGGGCCCCCCACCUCCACAGCAGGAUGUGCAAGUGCUGGGAGGGGAGGAAGAGGAUAAGGAAGAGGAGGAGGGAGAGGAGGUGGUGCCUUUGUCAACAGGCAUAUGGGUCGAUUAGCUUAGAGCCUCAACCAGUCGUUGGGGCUCAGUGUCGUGUUGUCCGUGGUGACGGGGUAGGAACACAACACUGUGAGCCUCAACACGCAUCCAGAGCUCCACCUUUGAACCACCUUAAACUCCUGAAUACAACUAUUUACUAUAGGGAUGUUUUCAGUAAAUACAGAUAUGAUACUUUCAGUUCAUCAGGUCAUGUGAUGUUUCUAGCAGAAGCAGCCAGAGGAUGUGUUAGUGAGGGGAUAAGAAUGGAGGCUUAUUGACGGCAGUAGCUCACUGAUGUCAACUGUGGCUUGUUUCAGAGUGUAUGUAUUUAAAAAUAAAAUUGCAAUAUUAACCGUU